AUGCGUCUCAAGCUGAUCUUGGCCUAUGGCAGCAUUGUUGCCAUUUAUGGGGCAGAUGCACGCACACGCUGCAAAACACGAUCUCACACGCACAGCUCGACACUCAGCCUAGAAACCUUACUGUUAGCUUCAGUUUCAACGCCCGAAAGCAUACUCAGCCCAAGCUCAUCAGAGUCCACUCCACCCGUAUCGACACCUUCGUCGACACCUUCAUCGACAUCUACGUCAACGCCUUCAUCUAGUCUAGACGACAUCACUUCUACCCCGGUCAUUGUCACCUCUAGCUCGUCAUCAGACACUUCAGCAACACCUGCACUGAGCAGUACCCCAAGUUCCGACAGCGGUGUUUCUCCUGUAUCGACUACUCUCGAAUCUACAUCUCUGCUAGCUACCUCGACUACCGCUGUUUCCUCUACGAGCUCGAUAUCCUCAGCCCCUGCAUCGACGAGUACUACCCCUGCCGAGGUAUAUACGGGCGGUUUCGCCACAUUCUAUUUCCAGAAUGGCAGUCCUCCAGCAUGUGGCGGUCGGCCUCGCUCUGACAGCGAACUAAUCGUUGCAUUGGACAUGAGGCGAUACGGGUCCGAUUAUUCGGCUCCCAGUCCCUACUGUUCGAAGGUGAUCCGUGUCACCAACGCGAUUAAUGGUCGGUCUGUUGACGUCACCGUCGUUGACGUGUGUCCAACUUGUCUCAACUCAAAUUCCCUAGAUCUGUCACCGACCGCAUUCCAGGCUAUUGGCGACUUGAAUGACGGAAUGGUUCCCAUUGUGUGGCAGUUUGUUUGA